CUCCGCUCACACUCCCACCACCUUGGCCGUGUCGAGAACGAACACGUGACGCGGCUCAAGUUCCGAACCUUCUCCUCCGUACCACGACUUUCUCUCCCUCCCUCCUCCCCUCUUUCCCGGACCUGACAUAACCAUCUCCCACCUCAGAUCAUCCCUCCCCCUCCCUCGCCCCCGCCUCGCUCCGCUACCGCUCCUGGUGGCUCAUGCUGGCUCGACUUGGUCUCUCCGCCGUGGCUGCGACGGCGGCCAGCGUUCGGCAGGCAACUGGCGACCGCCUCGGCUGGGUGGCGACCGCGGCGGGGUGUGUGGCUGCCACAGAAGCAGGGUGGCAACAAAGGGGGCGGUCUGCAAGGAGUGACAUGGCCUUGGCUACCUCGAGCGUGAGGUUCGGUCCGCGGAAGAGGAACAUGUCCACGCUGGCCUUCAUGACCCGCCACGGCGAGCUGCAUGUCGACCCGCGCCAGUCGUCUCGGCUGGCCAAGCUCACCCUCAAAGUGGCUGACAGGGGCAAGGAUGUGCUGGGCGGAGGCACUGAGCAGAGUCGCGGGGUGGUGUACGAGGGUGUGAUGUCGGUCUCGUCGAAGGAGUGGCCGCAUUGGGAGGCCGACGAGGCCAUGCCGCUCAUCUACACCCACUGGGCGGCGGCCGUCGGCGCAGCUCCGCUCCCGGAGGGAACCUCGCCACUGCGUACGGUCAUUCCUCCGGAUGCGCUACUCUCGCUCCAUGUGCCCAAAGUCGCGCGAGCAGUGGCCUCAUUUGUGGCCAGGCCUGAGGGCAAGGCCCUCCACAUCACGCCGGAUCUCACCGCAGAGAUCAUUCAGCCCGAGACCGAGCUGCCAGGGCCGGGCGUGGUGCUGUGUGGCUCGUUCAACCCGCUGCAUCACGGCCACCGGCUGCUGCUGGAGACCGCGACCCAGGUCCGUGCCGAGACGCUCGAAAUGUCGCCGCAUCGGCUGUGGCCGGCCUACGAGAUCUCGCUCCUAAACCCGGACAAGGGCCUCGUCACCUACGACGACAUCAUGUACCGCAUGGCCCGGAUCCAGGGCCGCACCUCGGUCAUUCUCACCGCCGCUCCGCUCUUUGACCAAAAGGCCGCCCUCCUGGACGGCCGCAACGUUGCCUUUGUCCUCGGCAUCGACACCUUUGUCCGCAUGAUGGACAUCGGGUACUACGGCACGCCCGACGCUCUCUUUGGCGUCCUCCGCGCCCUCGCCGAAGCCAGGGUCGCCUUCAUCGUGGCCGGUCGCUACUGUGAGCGGCGGCGGCAGUUCCUCUCUGCAGAGUCUGUCCGCGCCGACCUCUAUCCCGCCCUCCUCGAGCUCGAACGCCACGGCAUGAACCUCGAGGUUGUCCGCGUCCCAGACUCGCGCUUUCGCGUCGACAUCUCCUCCACCUCGAUCCGUGCCGCCUCGACCGAGUCCUCGGCCUCGACCAAGUGGUGGGAGCCGACAUCACCGCGGUAGCUUGUGCAUGUCAUCAAACACACAAUACGGAGAGA